AUGAAGCGUGGAACCUCCAUAGAUCUCAAGGAUCAUGCUAACCAGAUUUCGUACUCUGCUACUGAUUUUGUCGUGGAGAGCCUGGUAUCACUUAAUUUGGGUACUGAUGUUGGGCUACCAGAAAUAGAAGACUCCCGAGCUGGCGCAAGAAGUGCAAGAACAAUAGCUCGUGAUAGACUUACCUCAGGUACUCACGUCAGGAAAGUAGAUAGAGAAGACUCCGAAGAUGAUGACUCGGAGGAAGAAGACGAAGAGGGGGAGGAGGAGAAGAUCAUAAAAGGAUCUCCCGCAAGUCCUCAGAAGAGUUGUCAAAUAUACGAUAGAUAUAAUCAUUAUGUGGAAACAUAUAUGGAUCUUAAAAGAAGAAAACUAGAUUUGGAAACAAGAAAACUCGAUUUCAGACAUAUGAGUAUGGACACAUCAAAGAUUACAGUUGAAGUGGUGGCAAGUGUGUGCUAAUCAGAUUGCAGAAAGGUGUAGGGUUUCUGACAUGAGUGUUGGUGAUGUCAAUAAUGACACGGACGAAGACAGUCCACGAUGAUGAAGAACAAGAAGAGGAUAUUGAGUACAGAAAUAAGAAAGCAAAGAUCAUGCCAUAAGUACUUUUCUUUGGCUUAUAAGUAUUUGGAGCUGUUUUGGGAGAGUUUGUGCAGGUUUUUUCUCUGAAAGCCUUCUUACAAAGUAGACAAUUCUUAGAUCACUUGUAAUGACUUUCUUUAUUUUCUUCUCGACGGUUUCUUACUCAUUGCAUUCCCAUUUCC